GGCACCUCCCCUGGUAGCCACACAUGAAGGCACUCAGGAUGAGGAAGUGUUGUGUGUGUUACACUGGGCUCAACAUACUGAGGACAACUUCAAUACUGGUGUAAGAAACAAGAAGAUCUUUGAGAAGAUGAAGCCUCUGUUGGUUUCCUCCCAGCUUGGGAACAGCAGUAAUGACUCUGGUUCUUGUCUGGGGGAGAGCCAGCACAUGUCCAUCGCUGUCCUCCUGUGCCUGGUCUUCUUCCUGGGCUUCCUCCUGAACACCUUCAGCCUCUGGGUCUUCUGCUGCCGGUUGCCUCGCUGGACCUGUGGAACCACACUGCAGUUCCACCUGGCCCUCAGCGACGCCAUUGCCACCCCAGUCACUCCCAUGAUGGCAGUGUACUUUGCCAUGGGCAAUGAUUGGCCCUUUGGUUGGUUCCUGUGCCAAGUCAAGAUCGCCCUGCUUAGUUCGCAUUUCUACGGCAGCACCAUUUUCCUCACUCUCAUCAGCAUCCAUCGGUACACAGCCGUGGUGCACUACAACAGAAGCUCCUGCAUGAAACGUAAGAAGUUUGUCAGGAAGCUGUGUGCAGGAAUUUGGUCUCUGCUAUUGAUUCAAGCUCUGAUCUACGCUUUAUUGCUUCCCCCUAGUAAAGAGGGCAGAAACAGUCAAUGCCUCUCCAUCCAUCAGAAGAACCUAUCAGACACCUACUUUGUCCUUAACUUCAUCCUGUUCAUCUUUGGGUUUCUACUCCCUUUUCUUCUGUCAGCUGUUUGCUAUGGCCGUCUGACAAACACCUUAACUCACCUCAACAUCAGCACGGCUAAAGGUCUAAAUGUCAAGGUGAAAUCUCAGAGGAUGAUCGCCCUGUGUCUGGUGAUAUUUGGGCUGUGUUUCCUGCCUCUGAACGUGGUACGAACCGUGGGAGUGAUAUUCAAAAAAUACUACCCGCAAGAAUGCCAUGUUCUUCUGCAGAUCAAGACAGCGUAUUAUGCAUCCUGGAUUAUAGCAGGGGUGAACAGCUGCUUGGAUCCACUGCUUUACUGUUUUGCUUCGCAAAAGUUUCGAGAUGCAUUCCAGUCUCUUAGGAUUGGGAGGGGAGAAGGUCCGCCAAGAACUGAUUCAGAAAUCACUGCAAAUCAGUAGCAUUGGGGCUGCACCUCAUAACCCGUAUUUGAUAACUCCUCGACUCCUCGGUCCUUGGCUGAACCGGAAGUUGUUUUGUCCCUCCUCCGUAAAGGAUGUCUCAAAGCUCUUAUUUCUGCCCCAAGAAGGUAUCACAAGGAGCUAUAGGCGAGGAUACACGAGAGCAGCCUUCCUGCGUGCAGCUGAAGGAGUUGCUAACUCCACCCAAACAGCUGACAAUUCAUGUGAUGCAUGCCUUUGCUCGUUGCUUCUCUCCUCAGUGGGCGGGACUAAGGCACGAGGAAGGGAGGCAAGUGGAGGACUUGAGGAGGCCAUUUAAGGACUAUCAGAUGCACCCUCCUGCACUAUCACUGAGUUUGACCAAUAUUAGAGUCCCAGGAUUAAAUGCCGACUGUACCUUUCUAUUUUCUGUCAAGAAAUGAAAUUUUCUAAUCUUACACUCAACUAAAAAAAGCAUGUGAGUAUGUUUCCCAAAUGUUUAUAUUUGUUUAUUUUAAGAUCCGAACCCAACUUAAAAAAAAUGUUGGUAACCCAAAUGCUUUGUGCUUCAUGUCAUCCAUUUCUGAUGGUUAACAUUACGUUCCCAAUGAACAUUGCCUGUCUAUCUUUCAGCACAGGACACGCAUCAAUGCAUAUGUUUAGCCCAGUCAAAGAAAAACGUUUCUUAAUAAAUUACAUUUGAAAAUAACUUAACAUGAACCUGAAGCUUUAUGCAAUCAAUCAUCCUGACCUGACAUAAAACCUGAUACUUUAGCCAGGACCCUUCGGGUUGGAGCAGUGUAGAGACUUCCUAUUCUUUUCUCAUAACAUUUAAUCAUUGAAGGUGGUUCUACUAUUGCCAUAGUUGUAAUUUGUUACGUGAAUUUCACUAUUAUUGUA